UGAGCUGUCGUGUCCAAGUACAGCUACGGCAAGCCACUCGGUCCUUAAAGGCUAUGACUGAUCAUUGUUGCCAGCCAACGACUAAAACAACAUAACUGUCCACGGAGUCAAGUGAAUAUACUAAUUAUUGUCAGAAUGAGGAAUGACCAGAGUGGUGUGCAGUGGGGGGGUCUGCUCCUCCUUCUAUCCUGCUGUCUGCUGUGUGUUCACUCUGAGCAGCAGCAGGAGCAGCAGAAGCAGCCUUUGCCGGUCGUCGAGAGUGGAGCUCACCUAACUGGUCACGGUCGCCUGGACAGAAACAUGAUCCAGGACAAAGGCCACAUCAUGGAGCACUUAGAGGGAGUGAUAGACAAACCGGAGACAGACAUGACACCCCAGGAGCUUCAGCUGCACUAUUUUAAGAUGCACGAUUACGAUGGCAACAACCUGCUGGAUGGGCUGGAGCUAGCCACGGCCAUCACACAUGUACACAGAGAGGAGAAAGGAGAGCACAGCCAGCCAAUGAAAGAGGAUGACCUCAUCAUUCUCAUUGAUGAUGUUCUGAGGGACGAUGACAAAAACAAUGAUGGUUAUAUAGAUUAUGCAGAGUUUGCAAAAUCACUGGAGUGAGAUAUCUGACAUUCUUCAUGUCCACAACAACGACGGCAAGGAACCUGCAGAGAAGAGAAGGACAACGGAGAGGCCGUCCCCAACGUUAUGUUUGCUUUCUCUCUCACAGAAAGGGUCAGGGUUAUUGGGCAUUUUUGAAGUUUUGGAAAUUUUUGUACUUUCUAAGCUAGUGAUAUUUUUUUUUUUUAUGCGAUGUCCAAGCUGGAUGACAUUAAUUUAAUGAGCAACAAAAAAGUGAGGGAAAACUAACUGGCCUUUUUGUUAGUCUGACUCUGGUGUGUGCUUACACUCACAAUGACAUUCUGCACCUUCUGUGUUUAUAGGUUCCUUGAAAUCAUGCCUUUUUUUUUUUUUUUUAAAGGGUCAGUUUACCCAAUAUCCCUAAGAAUCAGUUUUCUACUUAACCCCUCAUGGUAUCUAAUAUAUACUUUCAACAAAUGAGAGUCCAAACUAAUUCCAAGGUGAUGUGUUCAAAUGUCUUGUUUUGUCAGUCAGUUCAGUUUAAAUUUAUAUAUAAAACAGAAAAAGCUGAACAUCUCCAUAUUUCAGAGGCUAAAAUCAGCAUUUUCUUCAAUUAUUUGCAUGAAAAUGUAUUUUAGAGAUGAAUCUAUGAUCAAAAUAGUUAAAGUAAUAGUACAACCCAAACUAUCUGCAUUGCUACUAUAGAGGAAAGUGAGAAUGUAUGUUGUCAUUUUGGGUGAAUUGGCCCUUUUUAUACGUACAGGAGCACCACUAUAGUACAGGAGCUCUAUAGUGCACCACUAUAGCUUUAGUGGUGCUACACACUUAUUAACACGAGCGAACACACCGUCGCUGCGUGACGCUCCACAUGGUGGACUAAAUGAUUCCUUCUGUGAAUCCAUCCUAUUUGCUGACUGUGAUGAGGCAAACUGGUCGUUCUCAUGACUUUUGAAAGUGGCCUUGACUUGUGUGUGUGUGUGUGUGUGUGUGUGUGUGUGUGUGUGUGUGUGUGUGUGUGUGUGUGUGUGUGUGUGUGUGUGUGUGUGUGUGUGUGUGUGUGUGUGUGUGUGUGUGUGUGUGUGUGUGUGUGUGUGUGUGUGUGUGUGUGUGUGUGUGUUGUGAUGAGGUAAGUUUAUUUGUGAGGUUGCUGGCAGAACACCACAUAUUGAAUGUUGCCAGUAGAACCUCCGUGCAGCAUAUAGUGGCACGUUAGCGCCACACGUUUUCUUUUCCAAAGUUGUAUUUGCUGUUUUCAUUACGGAAGCCCUGAGAGGCAAGUGAACAAAGAAAAUCUGUUUUCUAAGUCUGAUCCAAAUAUGUUUUUUUUAUUUUUAUUAAAGGAUGGGGGAAAAAAGUCAGGUGAAUUUUUGUCUUGUCAGGAUCAACUCUUUAUUGUUGCAACGCUCAUUUCAGAUGCAACAUUUGGGAUUUACCUUUGUGUUUAGAGUGCAUCGAGAAAUAAAUGUCACCUGGAAGGAAAGGACUGCUUUUAGUUUCAUUAAGAACAUUCGGUUGUGGUGCACUCUUGUGGCCGAAAUGAGUAUUACAGCAACAAACACCAAAUAAUUUUUUGUAGAAAAUGGAUCACCAGAAUAUUUGUUUUUCUUACUUGCCUCUCAGGUCGUCUGUAGAUUACCACAAUUAUAUGAGCCAAUCACCAUCUUCACUGUAAUCUGCGAGCCAGCUGAUACUUGACAUAAAUCUAACGUCAUAGAAUGAAUGUAAAGCAGCAGCGCCGUACUGCUGAUUCCUUAUCACUGGAUAAGCUCCACUUAAAGCACACUGGUUGAUGCUGCUGCCACUGCAGCCGUUUAUAAAGCAUUUGUUAUAAACUCAAGAUAUGUUGCUUCAAAUCAUUAACUGCCUUUCAAACAGAUACGGAUCAAAUAUGUCAGGUCUGUGUGUGUGUGUGUGUGUGUGUGUGUGUGUCGACGUUUGUAAAAAUCUAUUUUUGUUUGAUGGAUAAAUGAAAUCUAUAUUUUUGCCAUCCAGUAUUGAUUUUUCAAUCAGUUCAGGUUGUUGAUUAUAUAUAUAUACAUUUUAAAAAGCAUAACAAAUACAAUUAUGUCGUCUUUGAAAUGUGAGAUAUUAAAAACUAAUCUACAGACUUUGA